AUGUUGCUGGAAUUUUCUUCGUCGAAGGCGCACAUUGCAUUCCAGGACGAUAAGAGUUGGCCAUGGACCGGUGCUCGGGUCGGCGCGCUCAUUUCCACCAAAUACAGUUUGCAACCAGAAAUACAACAUCUUCACGUUCUUUUCCAACAGUUCAAGUUCUUCCUGAAUCUGUACUUCUUGCUGAUGGCAUGCAGUCAAGAUCGCGAAUUGAACAGUGAAAAAUAUGAGAAGCUGACGCCGCAGGGUAUCGACUACAUAUCAAGCUCGAAGAUCAAAGUAGGCGAUCUGAUAAUUAUACAAAAAGAUAAGCGCGUACCGGCAGACGUGGUGCUCUUACGAACAACUGAAAAAUCCGGCGCCUCUUUUAUCAGAACGGACCAGCUGGACGGUGAAACUGAUUGGAAACUACGGAUUGCUGUCCCCGUUACGCAGAAUCUUUCUUUGGAUCAGGUUUCUGUUCCGUUGUUGUUAUGCGUUUUUGCCGUGCAGCGCUAGAG